AUCUUUAUGACACUGAUUUAGUUGAGUAGCCAAGAGGUGACUGACUGCAACUCUCAGUUUACAGAGGGCGAGGGAAUAAACUGAAAUUAAGAGGGGGAGAGAAUGUCGACCAGAUACCACCAGGCUGCCAUAGAUGGCUAUCAGGAUAUCUUAAAGGAAGCCACUAAAAAGGAUGUUAACACCACAGAUGGGGAUGGAAUGACUCCCACCAUUCUAGCUGCUUACCAUGGGCAUCUGGAUGUCCUUGAGCUUUUGUGCCACAGAGGAGGGGAUCCAGACAAAUGUGACAUCUGGGGAAACACACCCCUGCAUCAUGCGGCUGAAAAAGGGCAUGCAAGCUGCGUUUCCUUCCUAGUCAACUUUGGAGCGAAUAUAUUCGCGCUGGACAACAAAUAUCGUACGCCGCUUGAUGUUGCUGCUAUAAAAGACCGCACCGAGUGUGUCAAAAUUCUGGAUGGAGCAGCAAAUAAACAAACAUCCCUAAACCCUAAAAAGGUAGAAAGACUGAAGGACCAAGCAGUGAAGGACGCUGAUAGGAAAAUCAAGGAAUGUGAGAAAAUUCAAGAUAGGCACCAAAACCAGAUGAGCAAGAAUUAUAAUAAAAGCAAAGGUGGAACAGUUAACUCUUCCAAAGGAACCCUGUCUGGCUCAGUCGGUGCUCGUUUCUCCACACCAUCUACAAUAAGCAGUAUCUCCAAAGGUUUUAAGGACACGUUCCAGCUGAAGUCAAAAAAGAAAAACAAGAACACAAUUGACAGAGAGACAGUGAGUAAUGUCAUUUUUGCCAAUGAUGAAAAUGCCAAUGCUUCACGUCCCAAAGCCAUGGACGUUUUUAAUGAAAAUGAGGAAGAAAAUGAAGGGAAAGAAAAAGAAUCAAUCUUCAAUCGGCCUGGUCUUGGGAAUAUAAUGUUCCGGCGCAAUCUCGCUUCAGGAAUCAGUACUGAUUUUGAUGAUCUGUCAACAGCUAGAAGUGAUAUAGGUUUCCAGCUUCCAAGUGAGCUGUUUACAGAUGAAGCUGAAAAUGGUGAAGAGUCAGAUAAUGAACAAGAAUCGAUCGUGACUUGGAAUGAAGAUGAGAUGGAAUUGGACGAUGAAGGUGAAACGUCUCCUCUUCAGGUCUUUCUGGCAUCUCAUGGUUUGCUAGAAUUAUAUGCUACUCUUAUCAGGGAAAAGAUAGAUUUGGAUGCUCUUAUGCUUUGUUCUAAUGAAGACCUACAAAGCAUUAACAUCGCGCUUGGGCCGAGAAAGAAGGUUCUCAAUGCCAUAGAAAAAAGGAAGAAGAUCAUGGACAAACCAGGAAAAACCACUGAUACUAAAUUAUAAAACUGGUAUGAGCCUUGUGUAUUGCCUGGCCCAAUGCUCAGUCAGAUGGUGGAAUUAUUCCUCCAAUAGUUCUCUCUCCUCAACUGAUUCCCUAAGCUGCAUGCGAAUGAUAGGCAUUUACAUGCCCGGAAAGAGUGUAUGAUAGAAGAACACCGAAGACUUGCAUAGCUUUUAGUGGAAUCAAAAGGCAAGACAUUUCAACUGCUCAACUGCUAUUGUUAAAUUAUUUUGUGUCAGUGGCCAAGAUGUACAAAAGAAAAAACAGAUCCAUUCAUUACUCAAGUUUCCAGAAUCUAUCCUCCGAUGUGAACUACUCCUUCAACAAAUUAUAGUGUAUACAGAAUCAUUUGUAAAGGCCGAAAUAUUUACCAGUCAAUUUAUUAUUAUUAUUUUUGUUAUUAAAAAAUGACCCAAGCCAUAAGACAACAAAAUGUAAAGUAGGUGCCAUAUUGUUUAAAACAAGAGCAAAUGUAUUCAUUGUGCAUUUGGGUGGAACUGAUCACUAGGCCUAAGACGUCCAAGUGCUGUUCUAUGGUUUCAUAUGGUUAUUGUGGUGAUUUAACUAAACCACUGGACUAAUAAACAUUUGUGACUAUACAGAAUUACUGAAAAACUGGCCACAGUCAACAACAAAGAUUUACUGCAUUAAGGACUGACACAGACGAGGUAUGACUUUAUGAUGAGUGGCAGUGAUGGCCAGAAGGGACGAAAAAAACUCAAAAUAAUAAAUAACAUUCUGUUCUUCUUUCAUCUCCUCAAUUUCCAUCAUUAAUUCCCCCAUUCCAGACGUGCCCUUAUUUAAUAAAAUCCAUUCCCAAUCAGGGACCAGUGGUGAGAGCACACAUGGCAAUUUUAUCAUGCAUAUUACCAGUUAUCAUUUGCUCUGCAUAUUUUAUAUAUUUCCAAGUCUAUUUGAAUAUUGCAUCCCAAUACUGUAUGUCUUUAGCAAACCAAAGCCAAUUUGACCUUCACUAUAAUAUACAUAUCUGUUAUGCAUAAUUCAAAAAUGGUUAAAUUGCUUUGAAGAAACUCAUUUUUUUUAAACACCUUUCUGAGCAAUAAAAUUUUAAUCAGCUACA